ACAUGCCGACUCACUCCCCGCCAAGGGUUGUGUUGUGAUAGGUUUUAAAGUUACAAUCAGACUCCCUGAGCGGCUCGGACCAUGCUCCACCUGGACACCUUUGAGACGCGGAUGCGCAUAGUGAUGGAGGCUCUGGCGGAGGCGGCGGUGGUGGAGCUGUGCAGACUUGUGAGCCAGUUCUCGGCCAACUCUGCCGCCGCUGGAGCCCGCGCCGGGGAGACCGGGGAGACCGGGGCCACGUGGAGCCCCGCCCCGGGGGAGCAGCGCUCUAUCACGGAUAUAAGGAACCAGUUUUCAUCCCUCAUGGAGGCUUUCAGCAGAGGUGCUAUGGAGAAAAUCUUAAUGAUAUUGAAAGUAUCCAUGUGUGAGGCUUCUCCUGUUGAGCAGAGGGCUGCGCUUGACGAUGAGUCUGUACGGAAAAGCACGAAUCCAAAGCCGGAGCAAAGCUCUGGGCCUAGAAAAAAAUCGGUGGCCAAGAGAUUUCACCAGAAAGGAAAGAAAAUCCAGGAAGGAUUCCAACCAGCGUUAAAAAACUACGAUCAUAUAUAUUGCAGAGAAGAGCAGCAGACUGACAGAACGGCAGCAGCAACAACAGCGGGUUCAGAGUCAGACACAGAACCUGCAGAUGCAGCUGUGUGUGAGGAGAGUGACUCUGGACUGCUGUUGGCGAUUGAAGUGGUUUCACCUAAGCCGGUCCCUGAAUCAGCACCCAGUCCUUCAGAUAAGUCUGGGAUCAAGAAAAAAAAGACCAAGGCAGGCUUGUUCAAAUGUCCUUCUUGUGGCAAAACAUUUGUUCGGAAGUGCUUGAUGGAGAGACACAACCUGACCCACACCAAACCUCACAGUUGUCCUCAGUGUGGCAAACGUUUCUCCGUAAUCCGUGGACUAAUAGCACAUUCAGUAAAACACACUGGAAAGAAAGCUCACAAAUGCUUAGAGUGUGGGACAGAGUUUGCUUACAAGUCUACAUUAGAUAGACACAUGCGUAGGCACACUGUGGAAAAACCAGUCACCUGCACGUGUCCGCUGUGUGAGACUCCCUUUUCGGGGAAGCUGGAAUUCCAGCGGCAUAGGUGCGCCGCGUUGAAAAAGACAUUUGUUUGCUCACUUUGUCCAGAGACAUUUGAAUGCAGACAGCGUUUAGCAGAUCAUGAGAAUCUCCAUUCGGGAGUCAGAGAUUUUGUCUGUGAAAUAUGUGGUGACGGGUUCCUCUCGUUAGCAUCAUUAGCCAUUCACAGAGUCACUCACAUGCAAAAGAAAGACUGCUGUGACAUCCUUGGCCUUGGAUGCAGCGACAUGAGAGUCCUGAAGAAUCACCUGAGCAAACACACUGGAGAGAAGCUUUUCACAUGCGAGAUCUGUGGCAAAGGUUGCAGCCACCAGAGCGCUCUGAAGCACCACAUGCUGACCCACACUGGAGAGAGGUCUUACAUCUGCGAGACCUGUGGCAAACGCUGCAGCCACGCCAGUGCCCUUCAGAACCAUAUGAGAAUCCACACAGGAAGGAAACCCGGGGAAAAGCCAUCCUGCAGCAUAUGCAGCAAAAUUUUCAGCUCCACAGUCAAGCUGAAAUACCACAUGAGUGUCCACACGGGAGAGAAGCCAUACGCUUGUAAUCAGUGUGAGAAAAAGUUCACAAACCCCAGCAAUCUUAAUAUGCACAAGAGGAUUCAUUCAGGCGAGAAGAUGUAUGGAUGCAACAUCUGUGGCAGGAGGUUCACUCAGAGCUCCAGUCUCAAGCUGCACAGACGAAUCCACACUGGAGAGAUGGUUUUUCACUGCACAGUCUGCACAAAAGGAUUUUUAUACAGAAAAGAUUUGAAGAACCAUAUGAAGGGUCACCUGCCAGCGGAGGCAGGAGAUGGAGAGGCUGAAAAAACUGUGACUACGUUUACAUGCAGUCAAUAACCCUUUUGUAACCGGAAUAUUAGCAAUAACCCGGUUGUACAUGGCCAUCUAAACACCAAUAACCAAUAACUUUGAAUAACUGGAAUUUGCUCAUAUUCCGGUUUUUAAAAACCCGAAUAUGACCCCUGGGUUACUCCUUUUCUAACCCGAAUUUUGACUGCAUGUAAACGUAGUCUGUGUUACAAAUCUAGAAAAACUUUCAUCUUCAAGAUCUGUAAAUAUGGUUUAUGUUUGCAUACACUCCAGAUUUCAUAUGUCUUUGAUUUGCACUGUUUUACAAUAUAAGUUUGAGCUGACAGAAGUUCUGCAUCUGUGUGAUUAUUCAUUUAUCUUGAGUUUAUGCUCAAGAAUAUUUGAAAAGAUAACACAUAGCCUACAUUUUAAUUUCAGUUCAAUUUUUUUCUUUAAUUUAAAUGGUAAAAAACAAUACUUUUUGUUUGUGCAUUUUAAACAACUUAUCACAAGACAAAAUGCAUUUCAGACAAUGUGACUAUUGAAACCGUUUCUCAUUUUCUCUGCCAAAUGUCUGCUAUUUCAUCCCUUCUCAAUUAUGUAUGUAUUUAUCAGCUGUGCUUUGUACACAGUUGAUAAAUAUAAUGAAAGGAGUAUAUUGCAACUACUAGUGGAUAUGAUAAACUAAUAAAUACUGAUGAUAAUAUGUAAUUGCAGAAAAGUUUUUCUUUAACCGAAUUCAGUCAAGCCUAAUAUUAACUACUGUAGUGUGUCAAUUCGUCCACUAGAUGGCAGUGAAGUAUCAGCACAAAAGCAGCAAUCAUGUUGAACCAAACUCAUUUCAUGCUCGGUGAGACAACAGGUGUGCAUACUGUUUUUUGUUUUUUUCUGUUUUAAAAAAAAUAUAUAAAUAAUGCAUGGAUGGAUGUCAGUUCAGAGCUCUGUGCCAACUCACAUCAUCAACAUCAUCAACAAGAUUUUGAAAAGGGGUUGAACGUUUGUUGAUAAUCUUUGAGUUUGUUAUGGAUGUUUUAUUUAUUCAUUCAUUUAUUGCUUCAUUCUUUAAAAGCAUCAACCAGUGCAAAAUAAGUAAAGACGAUAACUAUCAGUGCAGAAUUGACUUGACCAUGAUGGAUUAACUUUUUCUGGGCUCUUAUUAA